GCUCCGUGCUUCUUGCCGCCAUAUUCCCAAACUUACCUCCGUUUGCAUUUCUCUGUCCUAUUGAUCGACAUGGUAAGAGUUUACGAAUUCUGCUUGCAAAAUUAAAAACCCUAUUUUUUUUUCUUUUCUUCCUCUUAAAUGAUCGAACUACGUUUCCCCCUUCGUUCCUGCAAAUUCAGUUUUGUGCAAAAAAGGCCACAGGUUGCCACUAGUCUUGUUCAGGGAGAGAAAUGGCCAAUCUUCAAGACAUUGUUUACUCAGCUGCUGUUAAUAUUCUAUCUGCAUUCGCAUUCCUAUUGGCAUUUGCAAUAUUACGGCUUCAACCCAUUAAUGACAGAGUUUACUUCCCAAAAUGGUAUCGUAAAGGGAUAAGAGCUAGCCCAACACACUCUAGGGGAGCUGUAACCAAAUUUGUAAACUUGGACAUUAGAACAUAUAUACGGUUUCUGAAUUGGAUGCCUGCAGCUUUGAGAAUGCCAGAACUAGAGCUUAUAGAGCAUGCUGGCCUUGAUUCUGUAGUCUAUAUUCGGAUUUACCUUCUGGGCUUGAAAAUAUUUGUCCCCAUUACUAUACUCGCUUUUGCUGUCCUGGUUCCUGUCAAUUGGACUGGGGAGACAUUGGAACAAAUCAAGGAUCUUACAUUCAGUGACAUUGACAAGUUGUCAAUAUCAAAUAUUCCAGCUGGAUCCCAAAGGUUUUGGGCACACGUUAUAAUGUCAUAUGUCUUCACCUUUUGGACUUUCUAUGUGAUCUACAAUGAAUACAAGAAAAUAGCUACAAUGAGGUUGCAAUUUUUAGCAUCCGAAAGCCGUCGUCCUGACCAUUUCACAGUUCUUGUGAGGAAUAUUCCUCCAGAUCCUGAUGAAUCAGUCACGGAGCAUGUUGAACAUUUCUUUUGUGUAAAUCAUCCUGAUCAUUAUCUUACUCAUCAGAUAGUACGCAAUGCAAAUAAUCUUGCAAACUUGGUUGCAAAGAAGAAGAGUUUGCAGAAUUGGUUGAUUUACCACCAGAACCAAUAUGAGAGAAAUCCUUCUGUAAAGCCUACUACAAAGACAGGUUUCUGGGGUCUUUGGGGAGAUACAGUCGAUGCAAUUGACUUCUAUAUUGCUGAGAUUGGAAAGCUUAGUGAAGAAGAAGAUAGAGAAAGAGAAAAGGUUAUGAAUGAUCCAAACGCUAUAGUUCCAGUAGCAUUUGUUUCAUUCAGAUCCCGAUGGGGAGCAGCUGUCUGUGCUCAAACUCAGCAAACAAGCAACCCAACAAUUUGGUUGACUGAAAGGGCUCCUGAGCCUCGUGAUGUAUAUUGGGAUAAUCUAGCAAUACCAUACGUUGAACUCACCAUUCGAAGAUUACUAAUGGCAGUCGGACUAUUUUUCUUAAUUUUCUUUUUCAUGAUUCCUAUAGCAUUUGUACAGUCUCUAGCCAGCAUUGAGGGGAUAGAGAAGGUUUUUCCUUUCCUAACACCUUUAAUAGAAACGAAAUCUGUCAAGUCUUUAAUCCAAGGCAUUCUUCCAGGCCUUGCUCUGAAGAUAUUCCUUAUUGUACUUCCAAUGAUUCUUAUGAUGAUGUCCAGAAUAGAAGGAUUUAUAUCACUGUCAUCUUUGGAUAGGAGAUCAGCUGCAAAGUAUCAUUUGUUUCUACUUUUUAAUGUGUUCAUUGGCAGCAUUGUAACGGGAACAGCAUUGGAUCAGCUUAAGACUUUUCUUAAUCAGUCUGCGACGGAGAUUCCAAAAACCAUUGGUGUGUCGAUCCCACUAAAAGCCACUUUCUUCAUUACUUAUAUAAUGGUGGAUGGCUGGGCAGCAGUUGCUGCAGAGAUCCUCAGAUUGGUUCCAUUAGUCAUAUUCCAUUUGAAGAACACAUUUCUAGUUAAGACAGAUCAAGAUAGGGAUCAAGCAACGGAUCCUGGUUGUGUGGACUUCGCAACAUAUGAACCUCGAAUACAAUUUUAUUUCUUGCUGGGACUUGUUUAUGCUGCAGUGACACCUUUACUUCUUCCUUUCAUCAUCAUCUUCUUUGCCUUUGCCUACGUGGUAUUUCGCCAUCAGAUUAUUAAUGUAUAUAACCAAAAAUAUGAGAGCGGAGGUGCAUUCUGGCCAGAUGUGCAUCGGCGACUGAUGAUUGGUUUAAUGAUAUCUCAACUACUUUUGUUGGGGUUGCUGAGCACAAAGGAUGCCAAGGAAUUGACACCAUCACUUGCCCCACUUCCUAUUCUGACAAUUUGGUUCCACAUACUCUGCAAGGGGCGUUUUGAAUCUGCAUUUGUAAAAUUCCCACUACAGGAAGCAAUGGUGAGGGAUACACUUGAACGAGCUACAGAUCCAAACCUAAACUUGAAACUAUAUCUUCAGGAUGCAUACAUACACCCAGUGUUCAAGGGUGGUGAAGUUGAGACACGACGGAUCAUUGAGGAGGAAGAAACCAAUUCGCUUGUUGCAACAGUAAGAAACACUCAAAAGAGUAGUAAACAUAAUUCUGAGGCCAAUUCUGCAGUUGCAUAGAUUAGGAAAAACAUUCUAACAGUUAUUCAAUUUAGAUAAAUUUUUUAUCCCAUUACAAAUAUGUGUAUCCAAACAAUAUUUAAUUUUUCUUUCAAUUCAUGUAGAAACAUUAAGAAGAGCUUACAAUAUAUACAGCUUGCUUUGCUUUUUCUGAAA